GGAGGAGUAGGCACGACCCCGGCAGGCUAGCCCGCCAGCCCGCCAGGCCACAGCUCGCCAAGUGGCUGCACCGGGGAUAGGGAGGCGGGCCGGGCGGACAUGCGGGCUGGCCACCUGGCCCCACGCCCUCUCGCCCACCCUGAGGGCUGUGCCCACUGGCCAAGGGAGACUUGGCUGCUUCCUCCCCGAAUGAUGCCGGGCUCCUCGGACACACAUUCUCCCUGGAGCCGCCACUGGGGAGAGGAGGAUCUGCCGCCUGCCCCGGACCAGGUGCCAUGAGGUGAGCGCCAGGCCCACUGAGCCUCUGCAGAGCCACCAGCCAUGCCCGGGAUCGUGGUGUUCCGGCGGCGCUGGUCUGUGGGCAGUGAUGACCUCGUCCUACCGGCCAUCUUCCUCUUUCUCCUGCAUACCACCUGGUUUGUGAUCCUGUCCGUGGUGCUCUUCGGCCUGGUCUAUAACCCGCACGAGGCCUGCUCCCUGAACCUGGUGGACCACGGCCGCGGCUACCUGGGCAUCCUGCUGAGCUGCAUGAUCGCUGAGAUGGCCAUCAUCUGGCUGAGCAUGCGCGGGGGCAUCCUCUACACGGAGCCCCGUGACUCCAUGCAGUACGUGCUCUACGUGCGCCUGGCCAUCCUGGUGAUCGAGUUCAUCUACGCCAUCGUGGGCAUCGUCUGGCUCACUCAGUACUACACCUCCUGCAACGACCUCACUGCCAAGAAUGUCACCCUCGGAAUGGUUGUCUGCAACUGGGUAGUCAUCCUCAGUGUGUGCAUCACUGUCCUCUGCGUCUUCGACCCCACGGGCCGCACCUUUGUCAAGCUGAGAGCCACCAAGAGGAGGCAGCGUAACCUGCGGACCUACAACCUGCGGCACCGCUUAGAGGAGGGUCAAGCCACCAGCUGGUCGCGCCGGCUCAAAGUGUUCCUCUGCUGCACGCGGACGAAGGACUCCCAGUCAGAUGCCUACUCAGAAAUCGCCUACCUCUUUGCGGAGUUCUUCCGGGACCUUGACAUUGUGCCAUCCGACAUCAUUGCUGGCCUGGUGCUGCUCCGGCAGCGGCAGCGGGCUAAGCGCAACGCCGUGCUGGACGAGGCAAACAAUGACAUCUUGGCCUUCCUGUCUGGGAUGCCGGUGACCAGAAACACCAAGUACCUCGACCUCAAGAAUUCACAAGAGAUGCUCCGCUACAAAGAGGUCUGCUACUACAUGCUCUUUGCCCUGGCUGCCUACGGGUGGCCCAUGUACCUGAUGCGGAAGCCCGCCUGCGGCCUCUGCCAACUGGCUCGGUCCUGCUCGUGUUGCCUGUGUCCUGCGAGGCCGCGGUUCGCCCCUGGAGUCACCAUCGAGGAAGACAACUGCUGUGGCUGUAAUGCCAUUGCCAUCCGGCGCCACUUCCUGGACGAGAACAUGACUGCGGUGGACAUCGUCUAUACCUCCUGCCAUGAUGCGGUCUAUGAAACGCCCUUCUACGUGGCGGUGGACCAUGACAAGAAGAAAGUGGUGAUCAGUAUCCGGGGGACCCUGUCCCCCAAGGAUGCCCUGACUGACCUGACGGGUGAUGCUGAGCGCCUCCCCGUGGAGGGGCACCACGGCACCUGGCUGGGCCACAAGGGAAUGGUCCUCUCAGCUGAGUACAUCAAGAAGAAACUGGAGCAGGAGAUGGUCCUGUCCCAGGCCUUUGGGCGAGACCUGGGCCGCGGAACCAAACACUACGGCCUGAUUGUGGUGGGCCACUCCCUGGGCGCGGGCACUGCUGCCAUCCUCUCCUUCCUUCUGCGCCCACAGUAUCCGACCCUCAAGUGCUUUGCCUACUCCCCGCCAGGGGGCCUGCUGAGUGAGGAUGCGAUGGAGUAUUCCAAGGAGUUCGUGACUGCUGUGGUUCUGGGCAAAGACCUCGUUCCCAGGAUCGGCCUCUCCCAGCUGGAAGGCUUCCGCAGACAGCUCCUGGAUGUCCUGCAGCGAAGCACCAAGCCCAAAUGGCGGAUCAUCGUGGGGGCCACCAAAUGCAUCCCUAAGUCGGAGCUGCCUGAGGAGGUAGAGGUGACCACCCUGGCCAGCACGCGGCUCUGGACCCACCCCAGCGACCUAACUAUAGCCCUCUCAGCCAGCACUCCACUCUACCCGCCCGGCCGCAUCAUCCACGUGGUCCACAACCACCCUGCAGAGCAGUGCUGCUGCUGUGAGCAGGAGGAGCCCACGUACUUUGCCAUCUGGGGCGACAACAAGGCCUUCAAUGAGGUGAUCAUCUCGCCAGCCAUGCUGCAUGAGCACCUGCCCUAUGUGGUCAUGGAGGGGCUCAACAAGGUGCUGGAGAACUACAACAAGGGGAAGACCGCUCUGCUCUCUGCAGCCAAGGUCAUGGUGAGCCCUACCGAGGUGGACCUGACUCCUGAGCUCAUCUUCCAGCAGCAGCCACUCCCCACGGGGCCGCCCAUGCCCACUGGCCUUGCCCUGGAGCUGCCGACUGCAGACCACCGCAACAGCAGCGUCAGGAGCAAGUCCCAGUCUGAGAUGAGCCUGGAGGGCUUCUCGGAGGGGCGGCUGCUGUCGCCAGUGGUUGCGGCGGCGGCCCGCCAGGACCCGGUGGAGCUGCUGCUGCUGUCCACCCAGGAGCGGCUGGCGGCGGAGCUGCAGGCCCGGCGGGCACCACUGGCCACCAUGGAGAGCCUCUCGGACACUGAGUCCCUGUAUAGCUUCGACUCGCGCCGCUCCUCAGGCUUCCGCAGCAUCCGGGGCUCCCCCAGCCUCCACGCUGUGCUGGAGCGUGAUGAAGGCCACCUCUUCUACAUUGACCCUGCCAUCCCUGAGGAAAACCCGUCCCUGAGCUCGCGCACUGAGCUGCUGGCGGCCGACAGCCUGUCCAAGCACUCACAGGACACACAGCCCCUGGAGGCGGCCCUGGGCAGCGGCGGCGUCACUCCUGAGCGGCCCCCCAGUGCUACGGCCAAUGACGAGGAGGAAGACGUUGGCGGUGGGGGUGGCGGGCCGGCCUCCCGCGGGGAGCUGGCACUGCACAAUGGGCGCCUGGGGGACUCGCCCAGUCCUCAGGUGCUGGAAUUCGCCGAGUUCAUCGACAGCCUCUUCAACCUGGACAGCAAGAGCAGCUCCUUCCAAGACCUCUACUGCAUGGUGGUGCCCGAGAGCCCCACCAGUGACUACGCCGAGGGCCCCAAGUCCCCCAGCCAGCAAGAGAUCCUGCUCCGUGCCCAGUUCGAGCCCAACCUGGUGCCCAAGCCCCCACGGCUCUUUGCCGGCUCAGCCGACCCCUCCUCGGGCAUCUCACUCUCGCCUUCCUUCCCGCUCAGCUCCUCGGGUGAGCUCAUGGACCUGACGCCCACGGGCCUCAGUAGCCAGGAAUGCCUGGCGGCUGACAAGAUCCGGACUUCUACCCCCACUGGCCACGGAGCCAGCCCUGCCAAGCAAGAUGAGCUGGUCAUCUCAGCACGCUAGCACCCCAGUUGCGUGGCCAGCCGGGCCCAGGCAGGAGCAGGUGGCCCUGUGGGCACCUGGUGCCUGCCCCCUGCCGGGCAGCUUUGAGGACAGACCCCCAGGGGCAGUUUAGCCUCAGGCACAGGCAUCGCUGCUGAGCUGGGGGUCCACAUCCCUACCUCAGCUUAGGACCCCCAGAGCCAAGGUGGCUGGGAUCUGGCCCCACAGAUGGGGAAAGAUGGGGAAGGGUGUGGAGUGGGGAGGAGCCUGGGCAGCCUGCUGGGUGGGCCACACUCAGCCUGACUGCCCUCCAUGGGGGCAUUCUGGCACCCCCUGCUCCAGGACAGGCCAUGGGCAAGCUGCCUCCCAUCAUUGCCUGCUGGCUGCUCUCCCAGGGGCCAGGUGGAGAGCAGUGUCCCCCGACACAUGUAUUCUCAUCUGUGGUCCAGGCCGGCAUCGUCCUGGCCACCCCCCCAGAUCUGGUGCCUGCUGGCUGGCCCCCUGGGGUGCCCCUGCCGAGGUGGCCUGCAGUGCUGUACAUGUUUACAGAAGCUGCUGGGCUUGGCUCAGGAUGUGUUCUGGGCUUGCAAGCCCCCCGCCCAAUCAUGUGUUCAGUAGCCGUCCUCCGAGCAGGGCCCAAGGCAGCCAGGGGCCUGGAGGGGCCAGAGGAGGGUGGGGUCAGGGCCGCCCCUUCUCUGCCUUGUGCCUCUCAUGCUGCCUCCUCUGCCCAUGGGUCCUGGGCACCCAGGCCUGCCCUGCCUGCUGGCUACUUCCUGGCUUACCUUCUACCCCCAAGGAUCCUCACCACCCAAAGGGUGGUGGGCACUGCUGUGACCACCCCAGCUGCAGAGUCAGUGCCCUGGGCGGAAGGAAGGCACUGAGAGCCCCCUUUGUCUGAGGGCCCCACCUCACCCCUUGGUGUCACCCCCACCACGCCUAGGCAGCUCUGGGCCCUGGGAUCUGGAACCAACACACCCCUGUUCCCCUCAGCUUUCCCUCCUCGCUGGCCUGGGAACCCUCCUGGGAGCAGGCCUUCCUCCCUCCCACCCCCAAUGUCCUGUUGGUAGGAGGUGGGGCCAAGAGUGGGGUAUAGUGGGCCUUGGCUGGAGACCUCUGUCCACUGCCCAGGGAGGGGCCUGGGGCUGGGAGCAGUCCCGGUUUAGCCUGAGGUCCCCAUAGGGCUUCCUCCCCUGCUGGGUUUGGGAAGUAGUUAGGGAGAUAGCGACCCGGAGUUUCCCCAGAAGCGGGGUGGGAGGGUGUGCAUGCUAGUGUUGGCGCGUGUGCAUGUGCAUGAGUGUGCACCGUUCCUGAGGAAGGGGCCUCUGGGGCUGCCCACCCUACCUGCCCUCCCUGCCUGCUGCCCCUCCCAGCCUGCCAAGAAAACGGUAGGGGAGCAUGAUGGGGCCUUUGAGGCAGGGUCGCAGGGACAAGCUCAGCUUUAGACACCAUCUGUUCCCGUCGCGCCUGCUGCUGUGACCCCUGUUUUGGAAAACUGGUGUGUACCGAGGCGCUGACUGCACGGCUGGCCGCCUGCUCGUGCCUUCCUUCUGCGGCGGCACGGUCCCUCCACUCUGGCUCCAACCGCAGCCUCCCUGGGUGGCCUAGGCUCCCCCAACCAAGAGACCCCCCUCUCAUGAUCACUGGUACCUGGGGGCCUGAAUUCUGGCCCCCGGCUCCCCACACAGCUGGGACUGGCCUGGAUGGCUGUCCUGGGAGCCCCUGCCCACCCUGACAGAGGGAGCUGGGCCUCCCCUCAACCUCUGUAACUCCCGCCUUCACCAGACUCAAGGACACCCUGGCCCUGCUGAGGCAUACAGAGCUUCAGCCCAGCACAGAAGCAAGACAAAAUCAGUGGCUCUUAGAGUUUAGAAAACAAGACAGACUCUCAGAGGAAAGAUCUGACAAGCACCGCGGCCAGUCACAGGGAGAGACUUGAUGUCUGGCCUUUUAAUUCCUCCUCUGCCAGGGUGGGUCCUGGGACCUCUAAUGUGGGCAUGUCGUCCACCCCAGAACUGAGCCAUCAGGGACAGACCCCCCACGCCCAAGGCUGCAGCCACACCAUGUUUCAGGCUUGGGGCUGGGGCAGGCUUGGGCUCAAUCCUGGGCACCCAGGGGCAGCCCACCCCUAACCUGGCUCCUACCCACCUCGCCCCUGAAGGAUGGGCCUGCUGCACGCCUCCCUCCUCCACCCCAUACCACACUGGGGGGUCUGAGCCACCCCCCUCAGCCCCGUUCGGCUCAGACCGACCCCCACUCCAUCCCCAGACCUGCAGCACAAGUGUGCGGGCCUGUCCUCCCAGGGGCCUGGGCGACUCCAUAUGCAAUCAGUAGCGAGCAGCCGGGCCCCACAGACCCUCACGCACUCUCUUAUGUGCCAUUCUCCCCAGACUUUUUUUGUACUUAAUGUAUGAAAGAUCCAAACUAAUAUUGCUGUAAAAAGGAGAGACAAAUUAAUAUAGCUUAUUCUAUAAAUAUAUCUGUAUAUAAAGGUUUCUGUAUAUUGUAUAGAGCUGUGUAUAAACUGGAUGUAGAAGCA